AUGUCUAAGCAUCGAAGAACCAAAUCGAGUGGAAAUUAUUUCUAAAUUAAUCAUGAGUUUUUAGUUAAAGAUGAUGAUUUCGAAUAUAAUGAAACCAAAUUGAUUAUACAGAAAAUACAAUAAAUGGCUACUUAAACUUAACAAAUUGUAGAAAAACUUGAUGUAAACACCCAAGGAAUGUAUAAUAACUUAUUCAACUUUGGAAAACAACAAUCCAAAGAAAAAGCCGAUCUGAAUCUCAGUCAAAUCUCGGAGUCAACUCAUUCGGCUGAAUAUCCAAGUCUCAAAUUGUGUAACUAAGGCCUUCAAUCGCCUAUUCGAAUGCACACCUAAACUAGUUAAAGUUUGCAAUAGACGAUUUAAUACUUAGAGCAAGAAAUUGAAUAAAUGAAAAUACAACAGGAUGAAAUGCAUACAGUUAAUAUGUUUUUAUUAUAAGAAACUUAAAAAAAUCGUUAAGAUUUAUUGAGGGGUUAAAAAGUAAGAUUGAAUUAUAAAUAGGAAAACGAAGAAAGGAUUAAAUAGCUCAUCUCUAAGAUUGACAAAGAGUAGUCGAAUGCGAAUGGUAGUACUUCAGACGGUCUAGAUUUAAUUUGA